GUCAAGUGGCGCAGGCCGCGGUGAAUAUUGAAAAUGACUGAAACUUUAAAACCAAGGGGUAUCCUUUGUGGACACAAUGGUUGGGUUACGCAAAUUGCAACCAACCCUAAAUAUCCGGACAUGAUUUUGUCAUCCUCUCGAGACAAAACCUUGAUCGUAUGGAAGUUGAUGAGGGACGAAACUAACUACGGAGUACCUCAGAAGCGUCUUUACGGACACUCCCACUUUAUCUCGGACGUAGUUCUGUCCAGUGACGGAAACUACGCUCUUUCUGGUUCGUGGGACAAGACUCUCCGACUUUGGGAUCUCCAAGCCGGAAAAACCACCAGGCGGUUCGAAGACCAUACUAAGGAUGUACUAUCAGUCGCCUUCUCAGUGGACAACCGUCAGAUUGUAUCUGGUUCUCGGGACAAGACAAUCAAGUUGUGGAACACCCUUGCUGAGUGCAAGUACACCAUUCAAGAUGAUGGCCACACUGACUGGGUGUCAUGUGUCAGAUUCUCACCUAACCAUGCCAACCCCAUCAUUGUGUCUGCUGGAUGGGACAGGACCGUCAAGGUUUGGCACUUGACCAACUGCAAGCUAAAGAUCAACCAUCUCGGUCAUUCAGGCUACCUGAACACAGUGACGGUUUCUCCCGAUGGUUCCCUCUGUGCGUCCGGAGGCAAGGACAUGAAGGCCAUGCUGUGGGACCUGAACGAUGGCAAGCACCUCCACACCCUGGACCAUAAUGACAUCAUCACAGCACUCUGCUUCUCACCUAACAGAUAUUGGCUGUGUGCUGCAUUCGGACCCUCUAUCAAGAUCUGGGAUCUGGAAAGCAAGGAGAUGGUUGAGGAGUUGAAAUCUGAAGUCAGCAACCAGCAACAGACCACGAAGACAGACCCACCCCAGUGCCUCUCCCUUGCCUGGUCUACCGAUGGACAAACCCUGUUUGCUGGCUACUCCGACAACAUUAUCAGAGUCUGGCAGGUUUCAGUCUCAGCGCGAUAAUUUUAAGGACAAUAGAUUUCAUUUAUUUUUGUCCUCAAAACAAGUAUAAAAAUAAAUGGAAUUGACUGAUGA